AUGGUGAGCAUUCGAAGGCGCAAGCUCUUAGGACUCUGUUCAGGGCUAAAUUCUUCAGUGGCUCCAAUUUCCAAGUAUGAGCAUGGACAGCAUACUGAAAAUCGUGUAGAUAACACAAAACCAAUCAGUGUUCACCCCAUGGUUUUAGAUAAUAUUGACCCACCAAAGGAGAAAACUUAUGUGGAAAUUGGGCCUGGUUCAUCAAAUGUGCCUGCUUCCAGUCCACUAGAAGAGCAUCAUAAUCAUCAAUUCCCAGAGGUUAAACGCAGAAAGCGGCACAGGAGAAAGCACAUCGAAAACCAAGAACAGUGUAUUAUGAGAGGUGUCUAUUUCAAGAAUAUGAAAUGGCAAGCUGCAAUCAAAGUUGACAAGAAACAGAUCCACUUGGGAACUGUUGGUUCUCAGGAAGAGGCGGCUAGGCUAUAUGACAGGGCUGCAUUCAUGUGUGGAAGGGAGCCCAACUUUGAACUCUCGGAGAACGAAAAGCAGGAACUUGGGAAAUUUAACUGGGAUGAAUUUUUAGCUAUGACGCGCUCUGCAAUAACUAGCAAAAAAAACCAGAGAAGAACAGGGCCAGUUUAUCAGAGAAAACUCGAGACCAGUGAUUGGGAGGGUGAGCAAGGACUCAAUGGUUUCUCGGCCUCAGUAGACAACCCGUUGGUCCCUUGA